UUUGUUGAUGACAUUGCUGAGAUCUUCCACCUCGGACGCAGCCGGGAUGGAGAAUGGGACAUCGUCUAUUGCAUAUCUGUAAACACAAUUCAACGCACUCCAUCUGAAAACAAUCGCUGACCAUCUUACUGGCUAAACGUUACGAUGUUGACCAACGGCAAAGAAUGGACCAGUGAUGUAUAGUUGUCCAGCUGAAUGUUGAUGUCACACAAGCAUAUAACUCAGCCAAAUAAUCUUAAUUCAACUCACCGUGUAGCUAUUAGCUACGUUACGCAUUUCUCGAAACAUGGUUAACGUUCCAUUAAUUAAUCUUAUCAUGAGGUUAAUGGUUCAGACAACUAGUUGUGAAUAGCCAGCUAACUUUAAAUGGGCAGAAAUACUUACUUUUUGUUUUCCGUGAAGAAUCUCGCUUGUAGCUGUGACAUUCUCGAAUCGUGGUUUAAAAUAGAAGCUCAGCCCGAUUUUGGUGCAUGUGCGUAAUUAGUUACGCUUUACAGUUAGCUAGCUAAGCUAGUCAACUAGCUCGUGAGAAACAGAACACAGUGCUUCUGCGUUCGCUUGCUAUGGAAUGUUAGCUUGCUAACGUAAACCAUGUGGGUCAGCGUGCGUGAAGUGAACAGGUUUUCGGGUCAAUCGCCGAUAAAUUGAGCAGAUUGAAUUAUCGACUAAUAAUGCCUGUUCAAAGGCAUUCUAAUUUGUUUUAGAGUGCAUCUUCUCUCGUUGAAUCUGUUUUAAGCAGCGAAUGCAUUGCUUUUCAUUUCAAUUGAUUGAAUGUUGUGCGCUUUGUGGCUAAUUUCGAGCCAAAACGAAAUAAUUUGAUAUUUCAUAUUUCUGUCUGAGUAACGGUGGUCUCAGAGUGUCAAAAAGCUCUCGUCACCAGGUUUCGCGUUGUGCCUCCAUGGUGGAAGAGAGCAAGUGGAGUUCGGGUGAAGACGAGGUGUGCAGGCCAUGGAAGCACAGGUGAGGGAUGUGGAGAGUGUGGAGGAGAAGGACCAAGACGCCCUGAAAUCAGAAACCAGCGCAUCGGCCCUGCACAUCGGCCCUGCAGUCACACAGGCCUGUGUCCUCGAGGGUGGAGCACAGCAGGUGCCAGGUGGGAGUGUUCCACCCGAGGUAAAGCGGGAGUCUCAGGAGCCGUCGGCCAUUGCAGAAAAUUCCCAGAACCCCCCGCGGCCCGACAGCCAGAACCAGGCCGAGGAGUUCAUCAUCUUCGACCAGAACGGGCAGCCUCUGCAGUAUGAGCGCAUGGUGAUCGUGACGGGGCAGGCGGAGGGAGGCCAGCUCUACGUCGUGCCCUCCGGCCACUUCGGGGGUACGCAGGUGCUGCUGCCACAGGGCCAGCUCAUGGACAUCGCGGAGACGGCAGGGUCCUGUGUGGAGAAGUGCACUGAGCAUGCUCAGACCAUCACUCUGACGGCCAUCACAGACCCCACCAGCGGACCCACUGCGCUGACCUCACCGCCUGUCACUCAAUCCAAGGCCCUGCUCCAAAGUUCUCCUGAUGGCUUUGCUGUGCCCCUGAAGCCCCUCCCCCCGAACACACCCAGCUGGGCUCACCUGCUGCACAACUGUGAGAAGAUUGGCGACUCGUACCGCGGCUUCUGCACCAAUGAGGCGGAGCUGGAGGCGGUGCUUAUGCUGCACAAGCAGCACACGCACAGCGUGUUCGGCACACGCCAGUCUCCCUCUCCCGCCAAAGCCGCCACGCGCCUCAUGUGGAAGUCGCAGUACGUGCCCUACGACGGGAUCCCAUUCGUCAAUGCAGGCAGCAGGGCGAUCGUGAUGGAGUGCCAGUUUGGUCCGCGGCGGAAGGGCUCCCAGCCCAAAAAGAGCCCAGAGCAGGAGAGUUCCAGCGCCCUGUACAAGGCCACCUGCCCCGCCAGGAUCUACAUUAAGAAGGUGCGGAAGUUUCCGGAGUACAGAGUGCCCACAGACCCGGCCGUGGAUAAGAAGCUGGUGCGGCAGGAGCAGGAGAAGGCCUUCUUCAACCUGAAGAAGAGCCUGUGGGACGCAGGGGGGGUGCUGAGGUACUAUGUGCAGCUGCCCACACAGAAGGCCCAUCUGUACCACAGCGUGGACCCUCCUGUGCUCCCCUCCCUACCCGCCCAGCUGCUCCUGCCCAAGGAGGAGGAGGAGGAUGAGGAGGAAGAGGAGGAGGCGGGAGAGGGUGGGGCGGGGGACGAUGGGAGCUUCGUGCCGUCCCGUCUGCACCCCUGUGUGGCGGAGAAGAUCGUGGAGCUGGUGGCCCAGGGACACCGGCAGGUGUACUCCGUCCGUAAACAGCUCAGGAAGUUCGUCGAGCGCGAGCUCUUCAAAUCGGACAAGGUGCCCGAGAGGCACAACCUGUGCUACUUCCCGACCGUCAACGACAUCAAGAACCACAUCCACGAGGCGCAGAAGAAGCUUCCGCCGGGCCCCGGGGUCGACUCCACGGACACGCAGUGGGCUGUAGGCAGCGAGAGCUCCUUCUCUGAGACUGUGACCUUGACGUUGGCACCUGCAACUAUAGAAGUGCCCCCCAACAGGGGCGAGGUUCUGGAGGACACGCUAUCCCAUGAGGCCAUGCAGCUCUUCAGCUCCCUCACCGCCCUGCAGCCCAAGAUCUUUGCGCAGCUACACGGCGUCCAGUUCCAGCCUGCGCUGUGCAGCGUAGAGAGGCCGACGCCCCCUCAAGACCUGGCCCCGCCCCAGGAUACCUCUGGCCCCGCCCCCUCUCAGCCCCUGCUGCUCAGCCCCGCCCAGUUCCUGCAAGCCGCCGCCCCCCUGGGAGAAGGCAUGUCCCUGUCCGGCCACGCCCCUCUGCUGGUCAGCGUGUCCACGCUCGGGGGCGGGGCCGGAGAGGGAGGAGUCCACCAGAUCCUGCUGGAUGAUGGACAGGCCAUCCCGGUGCAGAUCGUGGAACCCGUCGCUGCAGGGUCAGGGGUCAGCAUUCCUGAGGACCAAUCAGAGGAGGUGAAGGCAAAGGACAGCAGGAUGGAGCCCCUGCAGUCUCCCCAGAACUGAGACAGGAAGUGGGGUCCUGCGGCCCCGCCCUCACCUCGAGGCCCCGCCCCUGGGAGGAGCCACAGAACAGCGCCUGUGUGAGAGGACUGAGGACUGACAGGAAAGGACUUCAGCUGGGUCAGGUGUGUGUGUCGGAUGGAACACUGGGAAACGCAGUCUGUGCGGCACACUUCUCCCGUUUCUGCGCUGAGUUUUUAACCCAGUGACGGUGCGCUGCAGUGACAUUUUAGCCAUCGAGUCUGAACGGCGAAUUACGUUACAGAAGGGGUGUGAAACUCCUCACCUCCACGAUCAGGGACUGGAGCCUAAGACCCACCGUGUGAUCCAGACGGGGAUCGCUCUCUUGCGGGAGCGUUUAAUGGGAUGCGUGACCUCUGCUCCCCUCUCUGCACCAGUGGAGGAGUGGUUCAGGUGGUUUUGCGUAAUGAAAAGGAGGGAACCGGUUUAGCCGCCGUGCGAUGUCCGCGGGACAGCGGUUCCGCUCUCAAACGCACAGCCGCCAAACGGACCUCCAGUUCCUUACUUCUUGAAAAUGCUGCAUUUUUCAUUGUGUCUCUCGAAUCACUCCUGUCAGAUUUCACACAUCAAGAAUACGGGAAAACCCAGAACAGCUCGUUACUUAAGUCCAUGUUCCAGAUUUGAGUAAAACCCAGAACAGCUUUUUACUUCAGUCCGUGUUCCAGAUUUGAGUAAAACCCAGAACAGCUCUUUUUACAUAAAUCCAUGUUCCAGAUUUGAGUAAAACCCAGAACAGCUCUUUUUACUUCAGUCCGUGUUCCAGAUUUGAGUAAAACCCAGAACAGCUCUUUUUACUUCAGUCCAUGUUCCAGAUUUGAGUAAAACCCAGAACAGCUCUUUUUACUUCAGUCCGUGUUCCAAAUUUGAGUAAAACCCAGAACAGCUCUUUUUACUUCAAUCCGUGUUCCAGAUUUGAGUAAAACCCAGAACAGCUCUUUUUACAUAAGUCCAUGUUCCAGAUUUGGGAAGAGUUCCAGGUUUUACUCAGCGCAGUUAUCCAGGUAACUCCCGUAAUCCUGCUUGGUGACACAGGGCCCUGAUACAUUAGCAUACGGUUAGCGCAAAUAAUAUGCAAAUUCUGCUGAAUAAAAACAUGGCGUAAACUUCAUAAAAGUAUAAAACAUACAAAAGCACAGGCGGCCCUCUCCCAGGCUCAAGUUAGACUUUCCUCUGAAACGUUCUUGGAAGAGCAGAAUUUCUCAGGGUCAGUUUCACUGUUUUGUGUAUUUACGGAUGUUCGCUGCAUUAACAGUGUCAGCCAAUGGCUUAGCAAGUUUUAUAGCACUUAAUGAACUGAACAAAAUGAACUUCAAGGCUUUAACACUGGAAGAAACCAUGUAUAUAUUGUAUGCUGUGUAUAAAAAUGAUGGAGAUUGUGACUGAAUGAUUAAUGUUAUAAUGCAUCCUAAAUCUACUCAUCUUAAAACCAAGAUCAUCGGUUUUUAAUAAUUCUGCAAUUCUAUGGCUGGGUGUUGCACACUACAGGACAUAAUUAAAAUGUACACUACCCCAUUAAUCACAACGCUACCACUCAACCUUUUCUCAAUUCUGUUCACUGCAAGCUGGCAGCCAUGUUGAGGCAUCUUUAUGGCAAAAAUGCCAGCUCCUCAAACACUUUACAUUUCAGUCCUGGCCUGAUAAACCCUACACAUGUAGACAUGUAGCAGAUUUAAACUGACCAAGGAAGAUUGCACGCAUUCAGUUUGGAUAAUUAUCUAGUGUGUGGGGCAGUCUUCCUUAGUUUUAAUGAGGUCAGUUUGAGUCAUGCACAAAGUCAAUAAUGAGUCUCAUAUUACACAUUACUCAUUUCAGCUGCGUGCUACUUGCGUUAUAAAUGCUGUCAUAGCAACCAUAUUUAAAAGCAAACUGCCAAGUACAGAAUGUAUCUGUUGAGAAUGAAAUGAUUCAGAUGAAAUUCAGGUGUAAAAUAAAGGCCUUUAAUGCAGCAAGAGA